UUGGAUGCUUGUUGCAUACUGUUUAUUAUGCUAGUCUUUUCCUUAAUUAUGUUUUAACUUAGUCACUACAUUCCACUUAUUCAGAGCUAGGGUGAUUUAAGCUAUCGCAGAAGCUAAACAGUAUCUAUCUACCUUGGGCUUUUGCUAUUCUCUGCAAUGAAAUUUUCGCCGAGUUAAACAUUUGUCAUGUGAGUAAAAAUCUGUAAUCCUGUCCAAGGCUUGAGCUGUUGAAUCCAUAUCUUGUUUUUGCACUUCUGGGUUUCUGAGUGGCUUUUCCUUAAUGCAAACAGGCAUGUCAGCAUCAAUGAAGUUUUCCUUGGUUUGCAUUGUUGGGUUUUAGAACAUCCCCUGUGAAGGAAAUUUUAACCUUCUUAAGUUACAAAUAUGGCCAUGGCAGCAACUGUUAAAGUUGUUUUAGGCUCAAUUGCUUUUGCAAUCUUCUGGGUCCUGGCAGUUUUCCCCGCUGUCCCUUUCCUUCCCGUAGGAAGGACUGCAGGAGCUCUCCUAGGGGCCAUGCUCAUGGUCAUAUUUGGAGUCAUAACCCCAGAACAAGCUUAUGCAGCAAUUGAUCUCCCAAUCCUAGGCCUUCUUUUUGGGACCAUGGUUGUAAGCGUCUAUCUUGAAAGAGCCGAUAUGUUCAAGUACUUGGGAAAAUUACUCUCUUGGAAGUCCCAAGGAGCCAAAGACUUGCUGUGCCGAAUCUGCCUUGUGUCCGCUAUUUCCAGUGCUUUGUUCACCAAUGAUACCAGUUGUGUUGUCCUGACCGAAUUUGUACUGAAGAUUGCAAGACAGCAUAAUCUCCCACCCCAACCUUUCUUACUAGCCUUGGCCUCCAGUGCAAAUAUUGGGUCUUCUGCGACUCCCAUCGGCAACCCUCAGAACUUGGUCAUAGCCGUCCAGAGUAAAAUUUCAUUCGGACAAUUUUUGUUGGGCAUUUUCCCUGCUAUGCUUGUGGGAGUUAUUUUGAAUGCCGUUAUCCUUCUAGGCAUGUAUUGGAAGUUGUUAUCUGUUGAGAAGGAUGUAGAAGAUGUGCCUGUGGAAGUAAUUGCAGAGGAGGAUGUCACGUCACAUAGGUUCUCGCCCGCUACAAUGUCCCAUCUCACAUCCUUGAAUUCUCAGGAGUGGGACUCCACAUUGGAAUCUUUGAAUGUCCACAGCUCUUUGAAACUGAAUCUGGAUUCAGGUUAUGUGGAGACUCCUAGAAAUCAGCUAAGUUUGAGUGAAAAUGAAAUACAAAGGGCCUCAAAUCUGGGGGUUGAAUCCACAAGAAACUCGAAUGCAUCAAAAGAUGUUCUCAGUGCUGAUAUUUCUUCCCAGAGGAGGGAAGAAAGUGUUCCAUCAAGAAGGGUUUUUAGGAGUACACCCAAUGGUAUUUCCGCAACUCCAAAUGUUCCAGGAGAUGCAUUUUCUUUUCAUUCUUCAGAUGACAAUGAACUGGGAAAGAGAUGGAAGAGGUUGUUAUGGAAGACGUGUGUUUAUCUUGUUACUAUUGGAAUGCUCAUUUCUCUGCUGAUGGGUCUAAACAUGUCUUGGACAGCAAUUACUGCUGCACUUGCUCUUGUGGUUCUCGAUUUCAAGGAUGCACGCCCAAGCCUUGAAAAGGUUUCAUAUUCGCUUUUGAUCUUCUUUUGUGGGAUGUUUAUCACAGUUGAUGGCUUCAACAAAACAGGAAUACCAAGCGCUAUAUGGGAUUUCAUGGAGCCCUAUGCAAGAAUAGAUCAUGCCAGUGGGGUUGCUGUACUUUCCAUAGUCAUACUUGUCCUCUCAAAUUUGGCUUCAAAUGUACCAACUGUUUUGUUGCUUGGAGCACGUGUGGCAGCAUCAGCAGCUGCAAUUUCUUCAGCAGAUGAGAAGAAGGCAUGGCUUAUCUUGGCAUGGGUUAGCACUGUAGCUGGAAACCUGUCGCUCUUGGGUUCAGCUGCCAACUUGAUAGUUUGCGAACAGGCUCGCAGGUCAAGCUUUGGGUACACACUAUCUUUUUUGAGCCAUCUUAAAUUUGGAUUUCCCUCAACACUCAUUGUCACUGCCAUUGGCCUGCUGCUCAUAAGGGGUUGAUGUCAGUAACUAUUGG